CAGUUCUAGCUUAUGUCAAGUUCUGUGCCUCUUAAAAAAUCAGCUUCUGUUUUGAAAACUAACGUGGAAACAACUUUGGCCUUGGAAUGCAAUAAACUAAAGUCAAUGUAUAGUAACUUUUGUCAGGAUAUUCUGUAGGGUCUGUAGAAUAUAUAAGUUGGUGGUGAGAAAGGAACUGAUGGUUGGGGACAAGAUUUAUUGGAAACGGGUACAGAUUUAGAUCCCAUUUUAUGGAGUAUGGAUGUUUGAAGAUGGAAACUCUGGGAGUAGUGGUUAAGUGCUACAGCUGCUAACCGAAAGGUCGGCAGUUAGAAUCUACCAGGUGCUCCUUGGAAACUACGGGGCAGUUCUACUCUGUCCUGUAGGGUUUCUAUGAGUCGGAAUCGACUCAACGGCGACAGGUUUGACUUUUUUUUUUUUUUAAUGGAGUAUGGAUGUUUGAAGCUGAUUCAUAGGCUGUAGAGGGAGUAGAUGGAAAAGGUUCUCUGAGUCCUGUAGAGCAGGUCUAGGAAUGAUCUAAAAGCUUGAGCUGGAGUGGGGGAGGCUGAAGGAGGUUUUGUGCAAGACCGGGGAAACUAUAUGAAGGAUGCAUUUAAAUGGGGAUGACUGCUGGAGGGAGUACGUGUGUGGUUUCCCGGAAGGCCUCUGGAAUUAGAAAGGGGCCGGACUGCGAGGAGCCAGCCGAGGUCUGUAAGUCUACGUUACAGACCUCUGGGAGCGCUAUGGGUGGUCUCAGGGUACAAAUGGCGCGGAUGCUAGGAAGUAGCUAAGUGAGUGGCGGUUAGUGGGGGAUGGGAGGCUCCUCAGAUGGACUAGCAUCCCGACCGCUGGGAACCUAUGCAGCUGACACGAACACAUCCUUCCGCCCUCAGCCCCUUCCCGGUGCCGCGCUCCGGGGGACCAAGCCCCCGUGCGUCAUCCCUACUUCAGCGCAGGCGCCUUUAACUCCCGGGUUCUUCCCGCCCCUUAGAUACCCUCCCGCAUCGCCGGGCGGCGGAAAUAGCCAAUGAGAUGGGAGCGUGGACUCAGAGUCCAAUGGGCAGUGGUGAUAGUGCGGGGUAUGGUUGCCAGGGGGCGGGGCCCGGCUGCCAGCCAGACUUGCCACCCUAGCAGCGGCGUCUAGGGGUCUGGACGUGGUUGCACUUACUGAGCUGCGGGGGAUGGAGGCGUCGCGCUACCGUCUCGGGCCCGGCGGGGAUAGGUCAGACGGGAAAUGUGCCUUUGAAGAUGAGACCAUGAAGCUUCGGCAGCUGAAACUGGACAAUCAGAGAGCACUGCUGGAGAAGAAGCAGAGGAAAAAGCGCCUUGAACCACUCAUGGUACAGCCAAACCCAGAAGCCAAGCUGCGUCGCUCAAAGCCAAGAGGUAGUGAGGAGCAAACUCCUUUAAUGGAACCUCAUACCCCUCACAACGAUGUCAUUCUACACGGCAUUGAUGGUCCAGCUGCCUUCCUGAAGCCAGACACUCAAGAUUUGGAAACCAAACUUCAUGUCCUCUCAGUAGGCUCUUCUGCUACGGAAGAGGAUACCGAAGGAAGCUUUGAUGGGGAAAGCACGUUGGAUACUGCUUCCAAGCCAGAUCUGCAGGAGAUUCUCCAAAAACAUGGUAUCUCAGGUAGUUUGAACUUCGAUGAGGAGGAGACUGAUGGGGAGGAAGAAGAAGGAAAAAAAUUAAGAUCCCAUUCACCAAACUCAGAAACAGAAAGACCCAAUUCUGCAUCCAGCCAGAAAUCAACCACUGAUACGGGAGCUUCUGGUACUGCGACCCAACAGGCUGAUAACCAGCUGGGAGAAGUGGAGAAUCUAGAGGAGUUUGCAUAUAGUCCUGCCCCUCGAGGCAUCACAGUAAAGUGUCGGAUAACCAGGGAUAAAAAAGGAAUGGAUCGUGGUUUCUUCCCCACCUAUUAUAUGCACUUGGAAAAAGAUGAAAAUCGGAAGAUCUUUCUUCUUGCAGGUAGAAAGCGGAAAAAGAGCAAAACAUCCAACUACCUUAUUUCCACUGAUCCAACAGAUUUAUCUCGUGAAGGGGAAAGUUAUAUCGGCAAACUCAGAUCCAACCUCAUGGGGACCAAGUUUACAGUUUAUGACCAUGGAGUCAGCCCAACCAAGGCGCAGGGCCUGGUAGAGAAGGCUCACACCCGGCAGGAGCUGGCAGCCAUCUGUUACGAAACAAAUGUGCUUGGAUUUAAAGGCCCGAGGAAAAUGUCUGUGAUUAUUCCAGGAAUGAAUAUGAAUCAUGAACGGAUACCAUUUCGGCCACGAAAUGAGCACGAGAGCUUAAUUUCCAAAUGGCAAAACAAAACAAUGGAGAACUUGAUUGAACUGCACAACAAGGCCCCAGUCUGGAAUGACGACACCCAGUCCUAUGUUCUGAACUUCCAUGGCCGGGUCACUCAGGCAUCUGUGAAGAACUUUCAGAUCGUCCAUGAAAAUGACCCUGACUAUAUAGUCAUGCAGUUUGGACGUGUAGCAGAUGACGUGUUCACACUGGACUACAACUACCCAUUGUGUGCACUGCAGGCCUUUGCCAUUGGGCUUUCUAGCUUUGACAGUAAGCUAGCAUGUGAAUGAGAGAAAACACAGGCACAGAGCUGGACUUACUCACUACAGAGCUUUCAGAAGCAGAUAGUUACCUCCCUUACCCCAAGACAUGAAGAGCAACAGUUUGUCCGUUUGGAAUGAUCCUCAAAUGUGUACAUACACACACACACACACAUAACACCCACACACCCACACACACCCACACACCCCUUCUUUGGAUUUUUUAGACUUGGUCAGGGAUCACAGUUCAGCAUGGGUAAGAGAUUGUUCAAAGCACAGAGAAGGUUCUCGUCCAGAGCACAAUGCUGACUCCAGAGGUUAUUGCCCACAGAUCCUAUGCCUCGAGAGUCAGAUUUCUCUGUGCUUUCCAGAGAGGAACAAUUCCCUAAAUUACCUUUAUUCACCAGGGCAGGGGCGGGCAAACUUUUCCUGUAAAGGGCCAGAUAGUAAAUAUCUUAGGCUUUACGGGCCAUAUUGUCUCUCAGAACUACUCACCUCUGCCUCUGUAGCGCAAGAGCAUCCAUAGACAAUUCACACACGAAUGAGUGCGGCUGCGUUCCAGUAAAGUUGUACUUACAAAAAUAGGCAGCGGCCAGAUUUGGCCUUUGGGCCAUGGGUUGCCAACACCUGCUUCAGGUAUAUCCAUAUCAUCUGUGGGCUUGGACAUCUUCCAAAAUGUCCUUGUGGUGCUGGUGGUCAGGAGAUCAUAUGAGUGAACAGUGGAUAUUAUCCAGGAAACAGCAGUCCUACAGCGUGGAUCUACAGAGAUACUUGUGCUACAGCCACUGUUACAUAGCCUUUAUCUUGCAUUGGUGGCAAUGCUUUCUAAAGUAUCUACCAUCAGGACUGGGAAACCCCAGUCAGUGAUCAUCUUGAGUCCACACAGAUGACUUAGCUCUGCCGUCUCACCCAGCUUACCCAUGGGAGAAGGCAACGUCAGCCACUUCACCCACCCUAAAAGAAGAACUUAAGCUCGCUAGCAAACAAAUCUAGAAUUGUGUUUUCUUUAUCCCUGGAAGUGUGGUAUCUGUUUCCCAGAGCUAGCUUGUUUUCCCCCUGGGGCUGGGAAGGUACUGAUGUCACAGUCCCUCUCUUUCCUUUCUUCUCUCAGAGCAGAUUGGCCGGCACCGAUCUUAGAGUGGCUGUGGCCAAAUUUGUGAUCAGUUACGUGAGAAUUUUAUAUAAUUGUCUUAAUUUCAUUUUAAGCCUUUAAGGCAUAAACUCUAGAGAUGACUCAGUCCAGUUAAGAUUGAGUAAUAUGACAGUUGCCUUCAUUUUCAACCCAGGAGUGCCUCUCACAGCUAUAUUACUAUGGAGCCCUUAGUUAGGGGGACACAAACACCUGUAGACAGUAUAAGAUGCAAGAGAAUGUUAUCUGUAGAAACUCGUCAUUGUCAUUAUCAAAAGCAGGGAGGUGGCAGGAGAGGCUUUGGUGAGGAGCAGCUAGCUGACUCUUGAGCUUAUUGCACAGAGCUUUGGGCCCUUCUGGACAUAAAUAUUACCAGCCCCCUGAAGCCUGGUUCACUGGUGCAGACUGUGCUCCUGCCACUUUUCCUCACAGAUCCUAAGAUUUUUGCUAAGUCUUUCAGAUUAUUAGCACCUCCCAGCAAAUCAUCGGACCCUUAUACCUGCUCACCAGUGCAUCUGAAUCUUGAGAAUCCACGAACUUUGUCAGCUCUACACACAGCGUUGUUCAAGUCCCAAGCCUUUUGCUCUGAGCUAUCUGCCAGCAUGGGGCAAGGAAUCAGUGGCUGUUGCUCCAUUAUAUUUCCCUU